UCUCCCCGCAAACGAGCCCACUCUAAACUCUUCAUCCAUACCGUUCACUUGAUAUCAAUCACCUAUCACCCACAGAUUGAAUGAUAACUCAAAAAUGAAUCCGACGACGUAACUAAAACUCUCUUCACUCAUCUUUGCAAGGCUCAAAAACACAUUGCAAGUAGUUAAAAGAACCCCACGUGCCACCACUAUAUCCGAUCUAACUCGCCACCCAUGGCGACCCCCGGGACCAUUCCGAUGACCAGCUCUCAAUCCCCGGCGGGUAACGGGACCCAAUCACAACCCCCGAUAGCGACGCCCGCGUUUCGCGCGUUCAUCUCACGCCUCACUUCCUCGAUCCGUCUGGGACUCUCUCGACGCCGUCCAUGGUACGAACUCAUCGAUCGGACUGCCAUGGCCCGUCCCGAUAAUCUAACGGACGCCUAUUCUCGGAUCCGCAAAAACCUCUCUUACUUUAAAGUCAAUUACAUAACUCUACUCGCAGUUGUUCUUGCUUUCUCUCUCCUAUCUAAUCCUUUUUCCCUCCUCGUCCUCCUUGGCCUCCUCGCCGCUUGGGUCUUCCUAUACCUCUUCCGACCGUCGGAUCAACCUCUCGUGAUAUUCGGCCGUACUUUCUCCGAUCGCGAGACGCUUGGUGCGUUGGUGGUGUUGACUGUCUUCGUUGUGUUCUUGACCAGCGUUGGAUCGCUCUUGAUCUCCGCGCUCUUGAUCGGAGUUGCUAUCGUCUGCAUACACGGUGCGUUUAGGGUUCCAGAAGACUUGUUCUUGGAUGAUCAGGAGCCUACGAACUCCGGAUUCCUCUCCUUCCUCGGCGGCGCUGCUUCCUCCGCUGCCGCUGCGGCGGCCCCUGCAGUUGCCUCACGCGUGUGAACAACAGAUCUUUCAAGCGGCACGUUCGUAUGAUCUUUUUACCUUCGUUUAUGGUAAAUCAAAACGAUUUGCUGUCUUUAUUGUAGAUUAAAAUAUUCAAUUGUAGCUUUACUGUCUUGUUUGCAUUUAGAUUUGGAUCUCUACUUCGAUUAAGGGUUAGAUCUUGCUAUGUUUUGAUUUGGAUGUUGUAUUAUUUGCCGCUGGAAAGUUUGAUUUUUAUGAGAUUUAAAUUUAGUUUUUAUUGGUCACAUAAUUUUUUGGUAUACGAAGAUACUAAAAGUUGUGCUUUGAUUGGUCACUUCAAUGUUUUUACAUUGGCAGAUUAAAAGAAUUUGAAAGGGUUUAGGGAAAGGUUAAGCUAGAUAACUGUUAUAUGAAAGUAGCUCUAAUUUGGUGCUUUUCUGUUUUAUUUGCUUGAAAUGAGUUAGUGGAAGGUUCAAGCUAGUUAGCUGGCUCGAACUGUAGCUGUUUGCUGCAUAAGAUUCAAUGGUAUAUUGAUUCAAGUUUACAAGAAUGAUGGGCAUUCAAUAGCUUGUUUGGUUAACAUCAUGGAAGGAAUCUUUUUAUCUUCGAUGAUGAGGUGAUUCUAUUUGGUAGGCUGCUGUAGUUUUUGCUAUUGUAAUAGAGGGGAAUCUUCAAUCGACUUAUACAAGGAAUUAAAUUUCUCUGGAGUUGGAGAUAAAACUAUUCCAUCUUUGUUUUCCAAAAGUUGCCUAAGAUUAUUUGUAGUGUUUCUUGUGAGGUGUGUGAGUCAGUGUUGUUUGAGUUUCUGUUAUUAUGCAAUUUAGCUGGUACUAAUUCGAAAUUUUUCUUUGCUUCCUCUUGGUUGUUGAGUUUCUGCUUGUGAGUUUAUUGGGUGGGCUUAAGAUUAGCAGUUUGCUUACCCAUGAGCUUAAUGAUUUGAAUAUAUUAGUAUUCACAUGUCAUCUCCAUAUGGUAAUAUGGUCUUCUACACCCAUACAUGUUUAGAACUCCUAGAUUCUGAGAAAAGUGCAAUUGCAGUCCUUGCUUGUGCUAGAAUACACGAGGCACCUGCAUAAUGUAGCCUAGACACAGAUUCUCAUUUGCUUUAUGUUCCAAGUCACUAGAUAAAAAAUAGCAUCCAUCUUUCUCAGAGUGAUUCAUGGACAUAUAACAUUUUUGGUGGCGGUUAUGGAUAUGGGUUUUGCUAUGGAACUAUUGUCAUUGUUGUGUGUAAGAAAGUGUAGAAGCCAAACAGGAAUGAUGGACAUGACUUAAGGUAAAUCAUUAGACUUGGCAAUUCUUGUGCUCAUGUCAUGUAUAUAAAACUAUCACUGAAAUUCCUAUUUGGCUAAAACUUUAUGAGCAAAAGCAGAUAAUGGUUUAUGGGAGGUACAGGUGGCUGCAUAACUACGUUUAAAUGGCAUGUAAAUGCUGUUAUGCACAAAUAAUAGGCCACUUUGUACAUGGACGACAAGAAAUGACAACUUUGGGUAGCUAAUGGUGAAUAUGUUAUCAGCAACAAAUGAUGUAUUUAUUAAUGCUUUGCAGAGCUGGCCGGUAAUCUCCUUAUGAUAAAAGUUGCAUUGAUUAUGCCCCAAUAUGCAAAUGUUCUGGUAAAUCAAGAAAUAACCUUAUUGCAUCUUGCCAAAGAAUUCCACUUUAACCAUCAUAUACCUAGUCACUAGUGCAUGCUCUCAAGUUAAGUGUUACAAGCACUACUUAUUUUUACACGAUUUAUAAACUUAAUAAUUUAAAAUAUGAUAUGAAAACAAUACGAAAAAAGAUACAAAGGUGACAUAGCUUAGAAUUUUAACAAAAAUUAUAUACGGGUUUAACAUUCAAAUUAGGUUCCAGUAUCUUUGGAUACUAACCAUUUUCUAUUGUUCUCCACUAUAGCGUUUGUAGUAACUAAUGAAUUUUUUUAGUACAGUUAACAACAAACAUUCUAAUGA